AAGGAAAUAGUAGUAUUAGAAAUGGGAAAAUUGCUGCAUAAGCUGGCCAUACAGGUCAGUUUGCUGCUGAUGUUCAUCUGCCUGAUGCAAGCUUUAGACUUUCACGAGCAGCAGUUGCAGCAACAGACGCUGGACGAGCAGCUGCGCCUGCAACAUCAGCAACAGAUGCAGCAACAGCAGCGUGAGCAGCAGCUGCUACUACGUCACGCCUCCACGACAACGACACGCAAACCCUAUGUGAUACCCCAAGGUCUGUCGCUGCCACAACGCGGAAUAAAUCCGCCGAAAUGUUUCCGGGAAGUGCCUGCUGUGUUCUUUCAGUACGACAAAGAUGUGAAAAUCGUUGGCAACAGCACCGUCGAUCGGUACUUCAAUGUCAUCGAGGUCUGCUGCAAGGGCUGGCGGCGUUACGAGUAUGAUUGGAGCAGAUGUGUUCCGGAUUGCGGCGAUCGUUGCCAGGAGAAUGGUUUUUGCUUGCCAGGCGGUCGCUGUCAGUGCUUCAAUGACUUUGUACUCAACUAUCGCAACAAUUGUGUGCCAACCUGUCCGCUGGGCUGUCCCCAUGGCCAGUGCUUUUUGAAUGGCACUUGCAGAUGCGACAAGGGCUUCGAGCUGGACGGCUCGAAACGCUUCUGCCAGCCACAGUGCAACACCACUUGUGGCCACAACGAGAUCUGCAUGGAGCCCGGCAAGUGUGUCUGUGCCGAGGGCUAUGCCAGAGGAUUGCGUGAAUCCGAUUCCCUGGGCUGCCAGCCCAUGUGUAUUCCCGACUGCGGCUAUGGACAUUGUGUAGCACCAAAUCAAUGCGAAUGCUUUCCCAACUACAAAAAGCGUGAAAAUCGCUCAUCCUGUGAGAGUGAUUGUUAUUUUCGAUGUGAGAAUGGCUUCUGUGCAAAUCGCACAACCUGUGUGUGUCAAAAUGGCUAUCGAUACGAUCAGAACACGACCAGCUGCCUGCCGGACUGUGGAGACGACUGUGAAAAUGGGGUUUGCAUUUCCCCGGGGAAUUGUCGCUGCUUCAAUGGCUAUGUGAGGAAUCGACAGCGUUGCGAGGCAGUCUGUGAUCGUGGCUGCGGCUUCUAUGGCCGAUGCAUUGCACCCAAUGUGUGUGGCUGUGCCGUUGUUCCAGGCCCCUUCAGCAGCUACCAGAGAUGCGAAAAUGGCUAUUGCAAUGCCGAGGGACACUGUCGCUGUGUGGUGGGCAAGACUCGAUUCAUUGACAUGUGCAUGUCCCCGGAUGCGGUUACCACAUAUGCUGCCAUGAAUCCGCCGCGGGUGAAUGCCUCGUUGAUGCAUGAGUUCGAUCUUCUGCUGGGCAGGCACUUUACACUGGGUGGUGUCGACAUGUAUCACUCUUCCAUGUGGUGGGUUGUUGAGACCUUGAAUCCCGAGCUGAGACAACGACAAAUCUCCUACUGCUGUGACGGUUAUCGCAAUCGGGGCACCUCGAAAAUACUCAAAUGCGAGCCCAUCUGUGAGGAGGAUUGUUCCAAUGGUCGGUGCUAUCAACGCUUUGCAGCAUCGCUCCAAGCCCAGUACAAGACGGCAGGCAUCAAGACCCGGCAACCUCCGCCACCGUCAGCCAAUCUGCAGUACUUUGGCAAUGCCACCGAGCAGCAUCAAUAUACAAACUAUGGCAGCUACAGUUCCGGUUAUGUGCCUGCAGAGACGUAUCAAGGCGGCAGCUUCAAUCAGUACAACGGACACUAUGUGCAGCCUGUGAUCCCUGUAACUCCUGCACCACAAAUUCUGGAUGAGACGGCGCUGUUCAUUAACAAAACUCGCUCGGCCAUGGCCAGUGGCAUCUGCUAUAAGGAAGUUCCAACUGCCUCAUUGCUGCAUGGGUCGCGGGACAACUACGUUGGCAAUGGCACAACUCCCGACAAGAGCCGCAUUCAAGUUUGCUGCGAGGGAUACGAACGCAAUCCGCACAUCUAUCGUCGCUGUGAGCCAGUUUGCGCUGACGAUUGUCCCAACGGAAUCUGCACGGCGCCUAAUACCUGUGUCUGCAUACCGGGACACGUGAGGAACGUGGAGGGUAAAUGCAUCUCCACUUGCCCCCUGGGUUGUGGAAAUGGCGUGUGCGAUGAGCAGAAUCAAUGUCGCUGUCAUGAGGGCUACACCUUAGAUCCCGUUAGCCAGAAGUACUGUCUGCCCGAGUGCAAGCCAGGCUGUGCCCAUGGCCAUUGUGUGGCACCCAAUAAAUGCGACUGUCUGCCUGGGUAUCGGCAAGCAGCCGAUGGCAGCUGUGCUCCCGUCUGUGAACAGUGCGAGAACGGACAGUGCACGGCUCCAGGAGUCUGCAGCUGUAACACUGGCUACUUGAAGGUUGAGGGACAUUGCGAACCCAUUUGCGAAAAACCCUGCCAAAAUGGACGCUGCACUGCGCCCAACACCUGUGAGUGCCAGCCAGGCAAUGAAUGGGAUCACAAGAGUGGCCAGUGUGUGCCCCAUUGUGAUAUUCCUUGCUUGAAUGGUGUCUGCAUUGGCCAAAACAAAUGCGAGUGCAAACCUGGCUACAUUCUCGACGAGCUGCAGCGCAACAUUUGCCAACCACACUGUCCACAAGGCUGCCCCAAUGGCUUCUGCAGUGCGCCCAAUUUCUGCAUCUGCCAGCCGGGAUUCAUCAAGAGUGGCAUCAAAGGACGUCAGAGCUGUCAGCGUGUUUAAUAUGCAUUUUAUUUAUAUCUGAAGUCGAUCUGUGUCUAUGUCUCAUUCCCAAAUCAAAUUAAACAGACGUCCAAUCAGUGCAUUAAA